AUGCUUGACCACUGGUCAAAUGUUCCCAACAACAACGCUGUCACGGACAUGGAGCGCCACAUCCAGCAGACGGUAGAUAGACUUCACUGUAUAAAAAACCACUUGUCUACGCCUGCAGGGUUCCAAAAUGCAGCCCGAGAAUUGCUGGAGUGGUGUUCCGACAUGCGAGCGUUCCAAAAGGCCUUUGAAGAUUCUCUCAUACAAUGCCUAACAGUUGUCAGUCAGGUGUCAACCCAACCUGGUUAUGACCUUGACCUUGGUUAUCGCUUGUUGGCAGUAUGUGCAGCACACCGAGACAAACUCUCAUCAAAAGCUGCAGCUAUGCUAUCAGUAUGGUGUGAGGAGCUAGGCAGGUUACUACUAUUACGACACCAGAAGAACAGGGUGCCCGACUCUAAAGGCAGUGGGAUGCAUCCCCAGAUACAAAAGGCAAUGCCACCCGUCCCGUCAGGUGAUCCCAAUGGUCAGUGGUUAGGCAACCAGGGUCAGCCCGGUCAAGCAUUGUCGGUUGUGACAACGGUGUGGGGGACCACACAGUCAACCCAGAGCGGUCCUUUUCAACACAACACGCCCGGCUACACUAAUACUACCAUGUCCACCACUAACUACACACAGCAACCUCAGGGAUUCAAUACGCAGAUGCAGAAAGGAAACUACAGCAAUCCACAAAAUAUCCCCUUCCGGCGAGAUUCCGGAGGUUACCAGAGGCCUAGUGGGUAUCCUCCAACUCCAAACACACCAGGCACAAAUACACCGAAUGGUCCAAAUGAUUACCCAGGGGGCCAGGCUGGUAAUGCCGCCCUAUCAGCAGCACUGGUGGCAGCAGCUGCCACAGCCACAGCAACAGCAACAGCCACCGCCAGCAUGGUAAUGCAAGAGCAGCAAAAUCAACACAAUAUCAACAUGCAGAUGAACAUGAAUGGCCAAUAUGCACCAAAUAUGCAGCAGAUGCCAGGCCAGCAAUCAUUUAAUAAUCAGUACCCAGGCAUGCCACAGCGACCUACAGGCCCAAUGGUACAGGGUCCUGGUCCAGGUCCCGGUCCUGGUCCUGGUGGCCCCAUGGUGCACAAGUACAAUGUGGGGAGCAGAAGAGCACCUUACCCCAACCCCUCACAGAUGAUGUCGCAAAAACGACAGCAGUUCCCUAAUGGAGUACAGCAGUAUGGAGGGCCACAGCCUUAUGCGGUCCAGCAGCAGUACCCCCAGAAGCCACAGUACCCUGCACAGCAGCCCCUGCCCUCACCCACAUAUGGCCCACAGCCUGGCAUGCGCCCCAACGCACCCCCUCACUACGUUAAUGGCCAUAACCAAUAUGGCCCAAACCAGUUUCCCCCUCAGGUUCGACAGAUGCCCCCACAAGGUCAGCCCUUCAAUCAGUACAACAACCAGGGCCCGCAGCAAAACAUGCAGUCCUCCAAUAUGAGCUACCCACACUCACCCUUACCAGGAAACCCAACACCCCCCAUCACCCCGGGGGCUGUACAAUCCCCAUACCCAGGCCCCAUGGGUAUAAAGAAAGAUCUGGAUGAAUUGCGUCUGACAUUUCCCGUGCGAGAUGGGGUGGUAUUACCUCCGUUCCGACUGGAACAUAACCUUGCAGUCAGCAACCAUGUCUUCCAUUUGAGGGAAUCUGUGUUCCAGACCCUCAUGUGGAGAUCGGACCUGGAACUGCAAUUAAAAUGUUUCCACCAUGAAGACCGACAGAUGAACACGAACUGGCCCGCAUCUGUCACUGUCAGUGUCAAUGCGAAUCCUCUUACCAUAGAACGAGGAGAAAACAAAACCUCUCACAAACCACUUUACCUCAAAGGGGUGUGUGCGCCAGGUCGCAACACCAUACAAAUCACCGUAACAGCCUGCUGUUGUUCCCACCUAUUUGUGCUACAGCUGGUCCACCGGCCAAGUGUGCGAUCAGUGUUACAGGGACUCUUGAGAAAACGACUGCUCCCUGCAGAACAUUGUAUCACAAAAAUUAAAAGAAACUUCAGCAAUGUGGCAUCAGGUGGUGGCUCAUUGAAUGGAGAGGAUGGGGUGGAGCAAACGGCAAUCAAAGUAUCGCUAAAAUGUCCCAUCACCUUUCGAAGAAUCACCUUACCCGCGCGGGGACAUGAAUGUAAACACAUACAGUGCUUUGAUUUGGAAUCCUAUCUACAAUUGAAUUGUGAAAGAGGAUCCUGGCGAUGUCCUGUUUGCAAUAAAACAGCAUUAUUAGAAGGGUUAGAAAUAGACCAGUAUAUUUGGGGUAUUCUAACCAACCUGUCGAGUACAGAGUUUGAAGAAGUGACGAUAGAUCCAAUGGCAGCCUGGAAACCUGUUCCCCACAAAAGUAUCAAAGAGGAAGAUGGGGGAGGAGAUGCAUGUGCAAAUGCACGGUGGACAAAGGCCAUGUCCCCAACAAGUAUGCAGUUACCAACUAUGAACUCAUGGGACUCUGGUGGACGGCAGUCUUCACCGUUCCAAAUGCGGCCCUCAUCACAAGGACCAGUAUAUCCUACAAUGCCAGGCGGUGAAGUGAUGUCAGGGGGGCCACCACAACCAGGCAACUAUCCACACCAGGGAGGACCAACAGAUUACCCCCAUUCGGGGCCUCUGUCGCACAUGCCUUCUGGGCAUCCUACGGGAGAUUCUAGUGUUAUGAACAAUACAAACUCAAAUGAUAUGCAUUCUGUGGACCUCAAACCUCCCACAUUGCACAACUCAGGCAACUAUCCAUCACCUGUGCCUGUGAUGAGUCCAAGUGGGGAUCACAGGUUACACGGGGAGGGGCCAGGCACACCUACUACUCCACAAACUCUUAAUCAUAGUGGGGGAGGAGGAGGUGCACAUCCUCUGUCCCAUCCUCCGCAACCAAAUAAUAGUUUAACCAAAACGUCCACAAAUGGCGACACGAGUGCAGGAGACUUUAACUUUGACCCAGCUCCUAUUUUAGAAAGUGAGGGAGACCCAACUCUGGAUUUGCAACUAGACAAUUUGGGAGACCCCAUUGAAUUAUUAUCAUAUCUCGGACCUCCUGAAAGUUCAAGUUCACCAGCACCCAACAGUGGAAAUAGAAACAAUCAAAGCAAUAGUACCACCAACGCCACAGACGACCUUUUGGCCCUGUUUGAGUGAUUUGUGGGUUGCCAUGACAACCAAGUUGCAUGAUCCAGAGCAAAACUACUGUGCAAAACAUUUAAUGCAAUAUUGUUGUUGUUACACCUGUUAAAAAAAAAAUACAUAAAAGAAAAAAAAACUAUAUGACUUUUACAAUACAAGAAGUGAAAGAAAGAAACAGACUUUCAGACAGAAAUUCACUUCCAUUUUAUCAUGUGACCAGGAAUUAUUUUUACACUUCAUCCUCAUCAUCAUACAUCAAGGAUUUACUGAUCAUCUCAUCAUUGUUUUAAGAAAAGAAAAAUCAUUGUCUUCAUCAUUUUGAAGGCCAGUGCGUGUGAUAUGUGCAUGGAAAAGAGACCAUGAUAGUUACAUGUUUUUAUAGUGAUAAUAUUUCUAAGUGACCAAAACACUAUAGAGUUAUUUAUUGUGGAUCUGUACCAUUGUCCAUAUAUGUGUUACAAGUGGUACUGUUGCCUUGUUGUAGUUAGGCACAGUUUAGACUACAAGGAAAUCGGACAGCGCUGGUGUGUUGUAACUUCCCCCUUUGAACAAGUUGGAGGUUAAGAGGUUUUCCUUCAUGUAACAACACAGCUGGAAGCCUGUGUACUGUGGCCGGACACCUUGGGGGCCAAGCAGCCACCUCCAGACAACAUUCACUGACCUUCAUGUGUCCUUCAGGAGUGGUUAGUGACGCUUAGAUCUGAGUGGCCAGUGGAGAGACAGAUGUGCUAUAGAUAGAUACUGUCCACCUCCACUGGACCAACUUGACCUGUUGACCAGUGUCAUAUAGGGUCAGAUGACAGGUCUUCAGAUACUUGCCAAAACCAAGAGAGACAAAACAGUUUUUACUGGUGAUAUCUGACCUGUAGUGUAUUUAUUUAUGGUAUAAUGUGCAUUAUUGAACUAAUUAUGAACAGCCAUGUUCAUACUGGGCAGCAAAUGGUCUUGGAAAUAUUCAGUGAAAUAUAAAAAUAAUUAAGAUAAUUAUAUAUUUAAUGAAAACCCAACCUCCCUGUAUGUGUGUACAUUGUGUAAUAUAUUCCAAGGGCCAAAUGCACAUUGUGUACUUAAUUAUUAUUAUUACUUUUUUUUUCUUUUUUCGUAAGGAUUUAUUUGAAUAAGAGAGAGGGUGCAAUUUGUUUUCUUAAAAUGAUCACUUUCAUUUUACACAUAAAACAUACAUCUCUAUCAUUGUUCAGAUCAUGACUUUGGUGUUUUUUAAAUGAAAUCUUUCUAGAGGCAGCAACAUUCAACAUGGUGUACAAUUAGAUAUAUGAAUUGGUUUAUACACUAUUUGUUUUUCGUAAUAUAUUGGUAGAAAUUUUUUUAAGCAUACUGCAAACGAGUGCAAGAUUCACCUAAAUAAUCUGCCUAUGAAGCAAUACAGAGAGGGGACAGAUCACAAUGUUAUAAUCACCAUACAUCAUGUGUACCCAGGCCCACUGUUGCCUUAAUUUUUAUUUUUAUUUACAUACAAUCCUUUUGAUCAAAUCAAAAAUGUUCUGUAUUGUUUUUAUAUUCUUUUUUUCUUUCGCACUACAGCCACUGACAGUAAGCGCUGUUUUUUGUUUUUUGUAAAUUGGAAAUAGAUGGAUGUUAACUCAUCACUGAAAAGCAAAACUAUCUGAAUUUAAAAAAAAAACAAGCUGGUAUAUGUAUACUCCUUUGUAUUAUAUCAGUGGUAAAGGAUCACACAGUAUUGGUAGUGUUGAUACGCUGCUAACUUUAAAAUCUUUAAGAACUCAUUAGCUUUCGAACCAUUUAUGCUGAUUAGGCAGAGUUUUUUUAUCAACAUCCAGUGUUUUCCCCGAUUUGUUGUAGUGUGGAUUAGCAAAUUUCAGAGUAAACACUUUGCCAUUGUUCCUUCUACUUAAUCUUUAUCCUGUCUUACAAUGAUUAUUAACUUAAAGGAUAUACCAAAGAAACACAAGAACAGUAACAGUUCAAGUGAUCUGUACUUACAGUAGGAACAGUGGAAAGGGCAUUGUCAGACUUUGGGAAUUCUUUUCACUUUCAUAGCACUCUGAUAAGGACCGAGAUGUUGCAAUGUUUGGCCUCUUCAGAAAACGUAUUUAGGGAUGAUCCGUUUUUGUUCCGUACAAAAUGAAUUUCUUUUAAAUCAAUGACAAAUUUUAAAUAUGCUCCCUUAUGAUAAGGCCUAAGUUAAAGUUUUAUGAAACUGUUUAUAUUGAAAAAAAAUUUAUAUGGGAGGGUAGUAUGUAAUUUGUUCUCUGAAUAAUUUGUUAUAUUAAAAACCAGCAAUCUCAACGUGGCAAUCGUACCUUGCAAUUGUUUUAUCAUUUUAUUUCACUGCUUAAUCAUUUCAUUUUGCUUAGAGUUGUGUAGACAGCAUGGAUAUUCUUCAUACCAGACUAAGGGGCACUCCAUUUUAUAAUUUAUUUUUCAUUUCAUCUAUAUAAUUGAAUUCAAUGGUCUAUCAAGUGGUUGUGUUGAUAAGACUGUUGUGUCUCCUACUCUGGCGAGCCAUCUCGCCCCGCCCCUUAGUCAGGCAUGAUGCAUCCGUGUCAUAUUAGUACAGAUUUAUUUUAUUACCAAGUUGAUUUAGCUUGUUGUAGUAAUAUUGUAAAGUGUACAAAAUUUUGACAGUUGUAUAUUAAAUGUUAUUUAUAUAUGAAACCAUCUUGUGAGAAAAUUGUUUCGUCCAUCAUUGUAUUCCUUAUUAUUGAGAGAUCACUGUACAAAAUACCCCCAAAACAAACACACAUCAUCUUUCUAUGCCUUAUGCGAAGGAACUUUCUCAGACGAGCUUCAAAUCAUAACACUUCAAUAUCAGGGUGGAAAUGACAUGUAUCUUCUAUCGAUGUGCCUUCUCCUGCACAUUUCUCUGUAAAUCCCUUACAAGGGUAUUCCCUUAUGUUUUAACUCAAGUUUUUAUUGAUUGUUUUAUUUUGAAAUAUGAAUUAAAAAGAAACUUUUGUUUUAAUAUUGUUUGAUCUAUUUAAAGAAUCUAUUAUUAUUUUACACUACUGUUUUUACAUGAAAAGAAAGUUUUCAUUAUGGCUUUACCUUUGGGUCCAGGCAUUCUUCUGUAGAAACAGGUAUUGUGAAAACUACUGCUACCUGUCCAGUAUUAGACUUGAAUACACACCUGUGAAUGAUAAGAAUAUUUCGAUUUCAUGACAAUAAUUAUCCUGGACUAUUUCAUUCAAAACAAUUUGAUGUCUUUUAUCAGAGCUGAAUUUAUAAUAAACAUUCAAUGCUCAAAUUACAUUCCAUUGGACCCAUCCUUUUGUCCUCAACAAAUAUCCGAAAUUAGACAAUUAAAAAAAAAACCUGGUUUCUUAAAUUUUGAAAUUUUAAGAAAAAUGUUGCACUUUUCAAGCCAUAGUGUGACAUGUUUUACAAUAUUUGGUUUUGCUGCUAGAUUUGCUUUAAAGGGUGUCUUUUAGUAUGUAUGUUUUUAUUAUAAAUCAAAAGAAAUGAUGACAUUAUCUCCAUGACAACAUGGUUCAUUUUAGCCUUUUCCUUCUGGUAUGGCAGGGGAAAUAACCCAGAAGCUGUAAAUAGAUAUAUUGUCUUGUUGAUAUACAUUAUUACUAGUAUAUAUUUGUGAUUACACAGAGAACAGGACCUUGUAGAUUUAGGGAAACAAACCUAGAUACAAUUUAGAAUUUUUUGUGUUGUUUCAUUAUUUGAUUUUUUCCCCCGACGACUGUUCUCAUAAAGAAAAUUAUUUGAGAACGUAAUUUGAUAUUAUUUAUUUUUCACCCUUGCCAACUUACAUUUUGUACAUGAACAUGUGUUUUAACUUAUCUGUUCUUCAUGGCAAACAUAGUCAUGGCUUUUUAGGUGACAAGGCGCUUAUUGAUAAGGGUACAAAGACAAGUCGGUACUAAAAACAGGCUGGUCUGAGAUGGUGCGAUUUGUACAUCAGGAGGCUUGGUGUACGAUUCAGCCAAUUACUGCUGAUAUUUACACCUUAUUAUUGUACCACUCAGUGGUAGAUGCCCACCAUGUACACUUAGUAGUAGAGAUUUUUGUAUUUAUUCUAAUAAAAGCCCUCUUUCUAUAUUUUCUUGCUCACAUCAUGAAAAAACAUUUGAUGUAAUAAAUUUUUUAUAUGUCUGUGCACCUCAAGUCUGGACCAAAGUCCAAAACAAAGUACACUGCAAUGCAAACAGAAGAGGAACACAGGAAUAGUUUCUAUUUUAACUAUUUAAUUAAACGUUGUAUCCAGAACUGACCUAGAAAAGUCUCUUCUUUGGAAAAGGACAAGUGUCCAGGGCAUUUAUUAGAAUAAAUAUGAAAUCUGUGUUGUGAAUUCUAGAGUGAUGAAAGCUUGAGAUAUUUUUGAAGUGUCUAACUUGUACUGAAAGCCAUUUUGUGAGAGCCUUGGCACCAUGAUUUUCUUUUCCAAAGUCAAGCUGAUAAUCCAAAGACUUGCUCUUAAAUUAUUUUUGAUGAGAAAUUUUUGCAUGGUACACCUUCUAGAAAGCAAUAGAACACACAUUUUCUUGCAAGAGAAUUAACUCUCAAAAAAAAUAUAUAUGAUUUACAAAAUACAGCAAUUGUUAUUCUUUUUGCCAUAGCUGAACAGCUUGUAUGUAGGUGUUUGUGAUAGAACUCUAUAGGGAAGGAAUAUUUGACUUAAAUCUCAAUAAAAAAUAUUAUAUGUCUUUAUUGCAUGAUAUAGACAACAGCUUGCUAUGAUUACUGAAUUACGUAUUUGUGCCCUAUCCCUUAGUCAGCACAAAUUUAUGUGAAUUCAAAAAAACCCUUUUCAAAUUAGAUCUAUCCGACAUCUCUUUGAACCAUUGUUUAGUAUUAUGCAUAAAAUACAAAUGAAUUGAUAGAAAUAAUAUAGUAUUUUUAUACAAAGUAUAGAUGUCAAGUAGUCCUUCUGUGCAGAGGAAAAAUGAACUUAAUUUGUGAGCUCAACCUAGCUUGCUGAUUUCACCAACGUGUGUACGUUGAUGCACGCUUGACUGGGAACAGUCUUAUGGGGUGGACUCUAAUUUAUAUCAACUGUUACCACAUCUACAAAACCCUAAUAUAUACAUAAUCAUUAUAUAUAUUAUAUAUAAACUUAAAUAGUAUAGCGAUCUUCAUGUAAUAUUGUUGUAAUUAACAGUCAAAUGAGUAAAAAGAUAAAAAAUCUUUACAAAAUUGA